ACGGGGGCUAGGCGCUUUCAACGCCCUGGCUGCCUCCCGUUGCAUUGUGGGGCUUGUAGUCCGGCGAGGCUUAAGCGCUCUCUGGCUGGCUCGCCUAAAACGUCCCCUUCCUAAACUACAAGUCCCAGAAGCAACCUAGCCUCCUUUUAAGCGUGUAGGGCGAUAAUAAGCGAAGCCUGUGUUUCUCCGUCCUGAGGGACCAUGAACGGCCUGAGGCGGGUGUUGCUACUCCCACUCGCGAGGAGGAAGAGGAGGCCUGGGUCCUGGGGCCUGGCGUUGCCAUGGUUACCAAGCAGCCCCGCGCGGCCUACUCGACUUGAGGCCCGCGGCCUAGCUUUCCUGAGCAGCGGAAAGGCCCUUCGGGACUGGAAGGAGAAAGAGGAGGAGGAGGAGGCCUUCGUCUUCCCGGAGUACCUCCCCGAGGAGCCGAAGGAGGAGAGGCCUUUCAAGCCGCCGACGUCGGACCUGGUGGCGGCUCCGCUUAGGCCUAAGGCGUCGAGUCGGGCGGCCCAGUUUCCUCCGGGGCACCUGGACCCUUCGGUGCCGCCGAGCGGGGUGGGCUGCUCGGGCUGCGGGGCGGAGCUGCAUUGCCGGGACGCGGCGCUCCCGGGCUACCUUCCCAGCCAGAAGUACCUCAGCCUGGCUGGAGAUGAUGAAGGAGGAGGCCUCUCGGGCGCCGUCUGCCUCCGCUGCUGGCUCCUGGCGCACCACCGCCGGGCCUUGGAGGCCCGCGUCUCUCCGGAGGAGUUCCGCCGCCUGGUGUCCGAUGCCCUCCGCCGUCCGCCUCCCGCCCCUCACGGCCGACCUCCCCUCGUCCUCUGCCUGGCCGACGUCCUCGACCUCCCGGACUCGCUCCCUGCGGAGCUGCCGGCGCUGGUGGGCAGCCAGGCCCACCUCUUCGUCCUGGGCAACAAAGUGGACCUGCUUCCCGGGGACUCGCCGGCCUACCUCAAGCGCCUCCGUGCCCGGCUCCUGGAGGCCUGCGCCCAAGCUGGGCUGGAGGAGGAGAAGGAGGCCCGGCGGCCUGGUGGAAGGGUGGUGGAGGCCCACCUGAUCAGCGCCAAGACGGGCUUCGGGGUGGAGGAGCUCAUCUCCCGGCUGCAACGCUCCUGGAAGUUCAAUGGGGAUGUCUACCUGGUGGGAGCUACCAACACAGGGAAGUCCACCCUCUUCAACGCCCUCCUCCACUCGGACUACUGCAAGUCCAGGGCCUCAGAGGCCAUCCACAGAGCCACCGUCUCCCCUUGGCCUGGAACUACCUUGAACCUGCUGAAAUUUCCAAUUAUUAAUCCUACACCUUAUAGAAUAUUCCAGAGGGAAGCAAGGCUAAAGGCAGAUGCAGAAAAAACAGAGGAAGAGCUUAGUGAAGAUGAACAAAAACAGCUUCAUACUCUUAAAAAGCAAGGAUAUUUAAUAGGAAGAAUUGGAAGAACAUUUAACACACAAGAAAAAAUGGGGAAAAAUGAUGAAAUUGAGUUUGAUGCUGAAGCAUUGUCUUUUAGCAUGGAAGAAGAAACUCCCCUUCCAGUCAAAAUUGCUCCCACAAAAGUUGAACUCACACACAAUGAAGUGAAAGAUGCUCGAUGGUUAUAUGACACUCCGGGGAUUGUAAAGGAUCAGUGUGUUUUAAACCUUCUAAAUGAAAAAGAAGUCAAACUUGUCUUGCCAACCUGUGCUAUUGUUCCAAGAACAUUUGUGCUUAAGCCUGGAAUGGCCCUGUUUCUGGCUGCACUGGGGCGAAUAGAUUAUUUACAGGGGGACCGGCCCUCCUGGUUUUCUGUUGUAGCCUCAAAUUUGUUGCCUGUGCACAUCACUACAGUAGAAAAAGCAGAUGCUGUCUAUCAAAAACAUGCAGGUCAAACAUUGCUGAAGGUUCCAAUGGGAGGUGAAGACCGGAUGAAAGAUUUUCCACCAUUGAGCUCCCAGGAUGUGAUGUUGGAAGGAAUUGGUGAAGCUGAGGCAGUGGCAGACAUAAAGUUUUCAUCUGCUGGCUGGGUUGCUGUGACAGCUCAUUCAAACAACAAAGUCCAUCUACGAUGCUAUACUCCCAAAGGGACAGCACUCACAGUACGUAAAUCGCCCCUGCUGCCAUACAUCGUUGACAUCAAAGGGCCCCGUGUGAAAGGAAGCUCAGCCUACAAGACUAAAAGACCACCAUCCCUUGUCAAAAAUUUAAAAGCAAAUAUAAAUCAAGGGAAAAAAUAAUCAAAGUUUAAAAUGUAAGAAGUUGGAGAUGACGGAAGUUCUCAGCGUUAAAACACACAAAGACCGUGGACAGUUAUUCACACAGAAUGCAUUUUUAUUUUGUAAAAUAUAUUGAGAUGUACAUUUAUAAAGGUCAAGUAUUACUGAAAAAUGAAA